AUGUUGCAAGACCAGUUUAUGCGCAGCUCGUUGAUUCAUUCCAGAGAGCGAUUGAAAUCCAAGCGUCAGCCUCAUUUGCUGAGCAGGACGUUGAUGACGAUGGAGGACAUGAACGCGUGCACUCAGUGCGGCUUUAUGACAAAUAAUUUUACUGAUUUCAAGGAGCACAUUGAACAGCAUGAAAGUGAACGACACCAUACUACGACGAAUACUAGUAGUCGGCAGGAAUGGAACGAGGAUUUGGACGAGUUGUCUUCGACGCCGAACCUGUCAUCCCCCGAGCAGUUCUCUCCGACGGCCGCCUCUUCACCACCAGCCUCCGGUAAUAAUAAUACCUUCAAAACAGCAACCACAACCACCAAUAGUAGCAGUAGCAAAACCAUGCACGUUUGUCCUCACUGCAAUUUUGAAACCUGCAUGUCGCAACACAUGAAGAGUCAUUUGGAUGCACAUGAACGCCAUCAAGGACAAAUGUAUCAGUGUGAUAUUUGCCAUAUGCAGUUCAGCCAGAAGGCUAACAUGCAUCGUCAUCGGAUGCGGCAUACAGGCGUUAAACCAUAUCAGUGUCGGUACUGCCUAAAAAAAUUUUUUCGGAAAGAUCAGAUGCAAGAACACUCGAUGACCCAUAUAAAAACCGGAGCUGAUUUUGAUUGUCCAGUUGCCCUCUGUGAUAAGCAAUUCAGUCAACACGCAAGCUUACGAACACAUCUAGAUGAAGCGCAUGCUAUCGCACCAUCAACCCCUGCAUCAUGUAAACGAUGCUCACUAUUGUUUGCGAACUCACGGCGACUUCUGUUACACUAUCAAACAAAACAUGAUGAGGGCGAUACAUCGAAUAUUGUUGUAACGUCUCCAGUGAAACCUAAAUCUGAGAAUAGUGCAAAGGAUAUGUAUACGCUUACGUCACCAAUAUCUAAGAAACAACGGCGGACAAAUGCGCAAACUAUCGUUGCCGCAAUUCAGGAACAAUUGAAAUUUAUUAAACAGGAGUCCAUGAAACCGUCCAUUAAUGAAGAUAUGUCUCGAUGUAUGGAUUACGAACAGACUGGAUAUGGUAUGACAAAUGAAGAAUGGUUAUUGUCUCUGUCAAAUCUCAACACUCCAGCGCUUAUUACGGACAUAAAACCGGAAACCGCGCUGCAACAAUUAUGGACUCGAACGAGUAAUGCUGGCAGUGAAAAUACGGAAGAUCAAUCUCAUUCUCCUUCAGUUGAUAGUGGAAGUAGUAGUGCUACCGAUGGUGAAAGCGGAGACAAGGAGCAACAGGAAUGUAUGCAUUGUGGGAUGAUUUUUAUGGAUCAAACAUUGUAUCUUUUGCAUAAAGGAUUGCAUUCCGAUUCUGACCCAUGGAAGUGUAACUUAUGUGGUCAUGGUUGUGGCGAUAAGUAUAUGUUCACAACACAUGUUAUCAGUUCCGAUCAUAGUUGCUAA